AGGGGGGUUCUAUCCUUUGGAUAUUUUGGAUAUGAACACAUUUUUUGUUUGAAACUCACUAAAUAUUUGGCCAUACUUGGUGGAUUUGAAAAACUCUUGCCUGAAUAGAGGACACAAUGAGUUCCCUUUUGGAGGAAAAGCUACAUUUUGCACUACUUUUCAUAACAGGUUUGAUGAGUCUACCGCUGCUUACAGAAUGUGACAAAAUUCGACUGGUUGGGCCUUCACGUUGCUCCGGCAGAGUGGAAAUCUUUCAUGAAAACAGCUGGGGAACCGUGUGCGACGAUCACUGGAGCAUCACUAAUGCUAACGUGCUGUGUCGAGAGUUAAACUGUGGCACAGUCAUGGAGGCUAAGAAGAAUGCAUUUUUUGGAGAGGGUAAAGAGGAGAUCUGGUUGGAUGAUGUGCAGUGUACUGGGAGUGAGACUUCCAUCCUUAAAUGCCCACACAAAAGACUGGGGGAACACAACUGUGGUCACAGUGAAGAUGCUGGAGUUGUCUGCUCUGACCAUGUGCGGGUUAUCAAUGGAAGCAAUCGUUGCGUUGGCAGAGUGGAAGUCUUCCACGGAGGCCAGUGGAAACGAGUGUGCAGCAGUGACUGGGGCAAGGAAGCAGCAGAGGUGGUGUGCCGUGAGAUUAGCUGUGGGUCUCCCGUUGUACACACGGAAGUGCAGUAUUUUGGAGAGGGUCAAACCCUGUCAGGACUCAAAACUACCUGUGUUGGGAAUGAGACCUCUAUCUCAGAGUGCCAGCUACAAGAUUUCAAGGAAAGCUGUGUUGAUGCCACAAUUUCCUGUAUGAACAAUAAACCAAUACGGCUGAUAAAUGGGACUAAUCGGUGUUCUGGUCGAGUAGAAGUCUACUAUGAAGGACAGUGGGGAACCAUUUGUGAUGACAAAUGGGGGAUGCAGGAAGCAGAGGUAACAUGCCGAGAGAUGAACUGUGGCGCUGCUCUUGCUGUAAAGUACAAGGCCUUCUAUGGAAGAGGUCACGAUCAGGUUUGGUUGGAUGACAUUGAGUGUAUCGGUCAUGAGAAGUCCCUUUCCGACUGCCCCCAUAAAGGGUUUGGAGAACACGACUGUGACCACAGUGAAGAUGCUGGUGUUAUGUGUUCAGAGACGUUGAGACUGAUCAAUGGGACGGACAGGUGCUCUGGCAGAGUGGAGAUCUUCCGAGAUGGUCGCUGGGGGAAAAUUUGCAAUAAUAAUUGGGGUGUUAAAGAGGCUUUGGUUGUCUGUAAGGAACUCGGUUGUGGAAAGCCAAAGAAAUCCCAAGAUGUGUUCAGUUUUGGUGACAGUAUAUUACAAGGGUUUAUAAGUCGAUGCCCUGCUAAUGUGAACAGUUUAAGCAACUGUACGCUUGAAGAGCAUGCGGGCAGGUGUGACGGCGCUUCUGUUGCAUGUACAGGUAAUCCACCAAUUAGACUUGUCAACGGCACGGACCGAUGCUCUGGCAGAGUGGAGAUUCUGCACGAUGGCCAGUGGGGAACAGUGUGCGAUGAUGAGUGGGACAUGAAAGAUGCUCAGGUGGUGUGCAGAGACAUGGACUGUGGAACCGCUAAGUCGACCAAAACUGCAGGCUUCUUUGGCUCGGGCCAAGGAAGCAUCUGGCUAGAUGAUGUCAAUUGCAUCGGCAAUGAGACAUCUCUUUUGCACUGCCGGCGACCUCCCUUUGGAGAAAACAACUGUGGCCAUGGUGAAGAUGCUGGAGUAAUUUGUUCAGCUAACCUCAGACUGAUUAAUAGCACCGACCAGUGCUCAGGCAGGAUUGAAAUCUAUCACAAUGAACAUUGGUCACCAGCAUUCAGUGUAAACUUUGGAACAUCAGAAGCUGCUGUGGUGUGCAGGGAGAUGAACUGUGGAGACCCAGUCAAGUUUUCUGGAUCUUUUGCUCAAAGUAAAGACCUCAGAGGCCUGAAGAUGAGUUGUACUGGUAGAGAGAGCUCAGUCUUACAGUGUACGCUGAGAGACUACACUAGGACCAGCAAUGAUCAGGUUGUAGAUGCAUCUGUUAAAUGUUCUGGAAAUGUGAAGUUAGCUGAUGGGCCCCAUCGUUGUGCUGGAAGAGUGGAGUUUUACGAUAAAGGCCAGUGGGGGACAGUCUGCGGUGAAUCCUGGGACAUCAAUGAUGCUUCUGUAGUGUGCAUGCAGCUGGACUGUGGAAAGGCUCAUAAGAUCACCACAAUGUCUGAGUAUGGCCGUGGCACUGGACAGACCUGGAUUGAACAAAUUGAAUGCAAUGGAAGGGAGUCUACCCUCUCUCAGUGCCCACAAAGACCAUACGUGGGCAGAUCCUGCAACACAAGCUCUGUAGCUGGAGUUGUUUGCACAGGAAGCUUGGUGGCCCGGUUGGCCAACGGCAAGGACGAGUGCUCCGGUAGAGUAGAGGUUCGUCACGGUGAAACGUGGCAAACUGUUUGCGAUGCAGGCUGGACCCAAAGUAAAGCUGAGACGGUGUGCAAGUUGCUGGAGUGUGGCCAUGCUCUGACCACACCCGGAGUUGCCCAGUUUGGCCAGGGCAAUGGGUCGGUGGUGGAGACGAGUGAUUCAUGCUUCGUCAAUGUGACUUCUCUCGAGCAGUGCUCAAAAACAGGUUUCAGUGCGUCGACGUGUGGGCACGAACGUGACGCUGCAGCUGUCUGCGCAGCCCAGCUGCGGCUGGUCGGCGGCUCGGGACAGUGCUCUGGCAGAGUGGAGGUCUUAUAUAAAGGCCAGUGGGGCACCGUAUGUGAUGACGACUGGGAAAUGAGCAAUGCUGACGUGGUCUGUAGACAACUUGGUUGUGGUCAUGCAGUCCUUGCACCAACUAGUGCCCAUUUUGGAAGAGGUUCUGGUCCAAUAUGGUUGGAUAAUGUGGUGUGUAAAGGCCAAGAAGCUGCUCUCACUCACUGUACGCAUCGAGGAUUUGGAGAAAACAACUGUGGGCAUGGUGAAGAUGCCGGUGUAAUCUGUUUAGGUGAUCUACAGAAGCCCCAAAUUACUUUUAGUCCCUCUGCUCAGGUACAAUGGGGUGAAAAAGUUGAAAUCACCUGCACCGUCGCAACUGAACACUUGGGUGGGACAUUUGUGCUGAAAAGGAUCCAAGGAUCAUUUCAAAUGGAAAAGUUCUCUGAGAACGAAGCUGCAACAUUUGUUUUUCCAAAGGCAGACUUCAGUCUGAAUGGGUCGUACUUCUGCGAAUAUAAAAAAAAAUUGCCUGAACAACAAGCCAUCAAUUAUCCUCAAGGAAACAUGGCUGAACUCUCAGUCAUAGUAAAGUUAGAGAAGCCCAGCAUCUCACUAACAUCUGGUCACUCCAUGGUGGUCUACAGCCCCGUGAAGGUAUCAGUCACCAGAGGAAGCGCCUUCUCCAUCUCUUGCUCCGUCCACUCCGUGUACCCUGAGGGGGUUUUCUAUUUGACAAAGUCGAAGAAGAACAUGACUGUAGCAAAACCAUCGUUUGGCCACACCAUCUUCUACGUGACAUACUUUGAAUUCCCUGAAAUAGAUUUGAUAGACGAGGGAGAGUACGCCUGCAUUUAUGGAGUGAACAUUUCCUCACAAACCUUUUGUUCUCUUCCCUCCAAGUCACUGUAUGUCAGUGUAAUUGCAUCUUCAUCCUCUGCAGUUGUUGCAGGAGUUACGUGCGUUUUAGUAUUGCUGCUGCUUCUCUUGGCUGUUGGGUUAUGGGUCUUGAGAAAGAAAUGGCGAGGUUCUGGUUUUAUUGUUCAGUUUAGCAGCAAGUUUCAGGAACUGAGAAAAACCCCGGAUGAAAGGAGCAACGGAGUUGUGGAUGAAAAGGAACGUACCAACCAGCUGUAUGAAGAUGAACUCCACAGCAGUGACCCAAAAGCAUCGAACACCAGUCUUGAUUCGGAGAAGGUUGCAGAGGGAGUCCCUGAAGACCUGGCAGGACGAGUGUGUUACGAGUUGGAACCCUUGGUCGACUCGUGAUGCCAACACGACUCAAGCAGCAGCUUCUGUUGAGGGAUUUUAUUUCACUUCCAACAUGACAGCAAUCUAAUAGGCAGCAUUUUACUUAAACUUUUUUUAACAAAAUAAUUUGUAAUCGUUUGCAUUUCUAAAGAUGAUUGCUGUGUAAUUUGCUUCAAAAGAGAUUUUAAUGUUUCCAGAAUUAAAACAACAAAUACGAUAUCACAGAUAAGAUGUUUUUCAUUCAUAUGCCGCUGAUGGUUUGUAAAAAUCAGAGAUUCUGUAAAUGAUAUUGCUAAACUUAAGGAAUCUAUAAAAAACAAGAUCAUUUGUUUUUGUUGUUGUAUUGAUCAAUAAAUGUGUCUUUCUUACAACUCAAA